GCUUCGGGUCCGCUCGUGUUCACUCGGCUUUGUUCGGCGAAUCUCAUUGUGAGGACUUAUAGAAAAAGAAACCGCGGAAUGGACGAGACGGAGUCGGCGACGAAAGCGCUCGGGCUGCAUGAAACGCCCAUCAUCGACGAGCCGUCGGCGGAGCGGGUGGGCUCGGAUACCGAGUCGGAGGCCGAAGUUGCCACGAUGACCGUGAUGGCGGCACCGGGAAACAUCGACAUGGGAGCCGAGUCCUUGCCGAACUCAGACGAGGCCGAGUCGGCUUUCGCAGAGGUUUCCACAGUUGCGGUGUCAGAUGUUCAGGCUGCAGAUGACAACGUUUUUACCACCACGGUGAACGCUACUGGAAACCUCCCUGAACAUGUCCUGAGCGGAAGGACCACCCUUCAGCUGGGUGAGGGUCUCAACAGUCAGAAGGCCACUCUUAUUGUAGUCCACACAGACACUGGCAUUGUGGAGGAAGCAAGCCUGAAGUCCACUUCAACAAUCUCAACAGGUCCACCAACUCCACCCACCCCACUAACUCCUCCUCAAGACAAAGACUCCUCCUCCAAGUAUAACUGGGAUCCGUCAGUGUACAACAAUGAGCUGCCCGUGCGCUGCCGGAACACCAACGGUGUCCUCUACAAGAACCGCCUGGGCUCAGGGGGUAAAGGUCGCUGCGUCAAACACGAGCAUCAGUGGUUGACGCCUACAGAGUUUGAGGGCCUUGCAGGUCGGGCAAGCAGCAAAGACUGGAAGAGGAGCAUCAGAUAUGCAGGAAGACCUCUGCUCUGCCUCAUACAGGAUCGUAUCCUGAACCCUCAUGCCGCUUCGUGUACGUGUGCGGCCUGCUGUGACGAUAUAUCUUUGUGUUCCAAGGAUGGAGAGUCUCUGGAAGCAGAAACCAUCACUAUGAACGGUCCAGUUCGCCUUUUCGUCCCCUACAAGAGAAGGAGGAAGGAGAGUGAUUCGCCUACCAUUCCCACCAAAAAGGACGUUUCUACAAGCAAAAACAUCACACUGACCCCGGGAACCACAUUCACGGUGUCCCCCACGGUGCAGAUCACCCCGUCUGGCACGUUGACCUUCGAGCGUGCCCCGACAAACGACGCCACCACAGCUGCCACCAUCAUCUCAGAUGCCUCAGCACAGAGUGAGGUGUUCACUAAUACAGCAGUGUUGACAGCCUUGCCGGCCCUGACGGUGUCUCCCCAGGCUAAGAUGGCAGUGACUGCCCCCUCAGCCACGCUGGUCAGCGCACUUGAGGUGGGGCCCGUGGUGGCGGCGGCAGCGGUAGGGCCACCAUUGAGCGAGUGCCAGAAGAACCCCUGGCAGGGCCUGGAGGACAUAGCCAACACGCUCAUGAACAAUGUGCAGCAGCUGAAAGUGUUAAUAGAGCAGGCCAAAAGGGACGCCGCUGGGGUUAAAGGCCAGGGAAGCCAGAAGGAGCCUGCUGUUAGUCAGACAUUCCAGAGUCACAUUUCCUUCCAGCCGUCAGACGAUUCAGAAGCCAAGCGGAGCACGGAUAUCACAGAGAUCAUCAUUAAUGAGAUGUGCGUGAACUGUGGGCGCGUGGCCCUGAGCGAGUGUGCGGGCUGCCACAAAGUCAACUACUGCUCCAUCUUCUGCCAGAGGAAGGACUGGAAAGAUCACCAGCACACCUGCUGUCAGUCGGGAGGGGGAGGGGCCCUUCCGGCAGAGGAGCCAAUGAGCAUAGACAAAGUUAAAUGAGGGCAGGUGUGGCAGAACCUGGCCUCUUGUGCACAAAAGGGCUCUUCAAUGUGUGCAAGUCCUCUUGCGCAGAUCGGUUUGUCUUUCUGACUUUGUAUUCAUAUGAAGAUGUACUUAAUGAGGUUAAUCACAGCAGCUCCCGGUGGCCAUGAAGGAAAGCUUCAUAUUGAAUCAUAUUUAUUAUCUCUGGAGGUUUGGUGAAGUACCGUGUUCUGGUUUGAAGGCUUGCCAGUUUGCUGUAGCAUUAUUUUCUUAAUUACUGUGUUAAUUUUUAUUACAUUGUUUACUUUCAAGUCAUUUGGUUAGUUUGACCCUGAAUUGAAGUUACAGAUAACAAGCGAACCAAAUGCAUUUUGAUGAAUUCUUUUAUUCUGAAAAGAUGAUUAUAAAAUGAGUUCCUGUCUGUGGAGCAAAGGUGACACAUGUCUGCUGAAGUGUUCCUUCAACUGAAGCUUCUUUGCAGGUUGUAGCAAAGUAGUACAUCCUCAUAGGAAGGCAGCAGGAUAAAGCUUUUAACGAAGCAGAAGCAUCUUCACUCAUGUAUCCAAAAAAAAAAAAAAGUCCACGCACCCGGUCAGCAGGCGUACUCAUCUGGUGUGGAAGGAGCAGCAGUGAUGUAAGAACUUUUUGAAGAACCUCCUGAACUCUGUGUUGAAGACUGUGUAUAUGAUAGGAUUGAGCGCGCUGUUGACGUAGCCUAGCCACGUCACAACGCUCAUCACGACCGCUGGGACGCGGCAGUCCUGGCAUCGAGCUCUCAAUAUGUGGAGGACGAAGAAGGGCGUCCAGCAGAACAAGAAGACGCCUGCAAGGUGAGAAGAAGAAUAAACUCUGGUGACAAGCUGCUCUUGAUGAGGUAGUGAAGUGAUUUUGGGUGAGCAGCCCCAAAAUCAAUGGCGUUCUUGAACAUACAGUGAAUGUGACUCUAAGGCAUAAAACAAGUUACAAUAAUCCAGUGAUCUCAAAUUGAGGCCAAAGCUGGUUAAUCGGGACCAGUCAGGUGAUCUUCACAAGCAGGUCUCCUCCAGCAUUACUUUUCACACUCCCAACUUGUGCCCGACCUGGUUUUACACAAUAAUUGGAUUUCAGAUUAAGGCGCUGCAGGAUUACCCGCUGCGUGCUAAAGGGAAGCACUUCUCUGCAUUAGAACCCGAUGUCGGACGCUAUUAAUAGGCCGGCCUUUUCCCAGUGAUGUGUCAGUGCCUUUCCACACACAUCAGAGGUGGAGGUGAGGUGUUCAAGUACCUACCUGUACCAGUCUUUCAAGGUAGACUGUAAUGAGGGUGUUACUUGGUUUGACC